AUGACAAAAGUCUUACACGAUAAUAGCUUGAGGUAAUUAAUAUCCAGUCUGCCUUCCUAUUCCAAAUAUUUCCAAAUUUUGCAGCCCAUAUCUACUCAUAGCUCAUACAUCGAAGAUUUAGAGUUCUCAGAAUAGCAUUAAACUAGAUUAUUGAGAAGCUCCCGUAGUACCCGCAGGUGCGUUUUUCCACCUUGCCUCAUUGGGCCGCCUGCGGCCGCUUCACCACAGGUUAAGUGCUCUCCGCCUGAAGCUCGGGUCGAACGGAGAGUGAAGUGGGUAAGUACCAUGCCUUAAACCAGAUGAGGGUUGCCGUACAAAAUUCCAAAAAAUGGAACUCUCGGCAAAAAGGUAAAACUUGUAGCCCAGAGUAAUUCCUGCUUUCAUGCUAGGGAGCUGCCCGAUAGACUUAGAAGGCUUUGCUGGGCUUCCCCUUUCCAACUCCAAGAUUUCCUUUCCUUACUCCCCCCCCCUCUCCGUGAGCGAACAAAAAAAUUUUGUUCGCUCACGGAGGGGGGUUAAUUUUUUUUUUUAAAAAAAAUUUAUAUAUAAAUUUUAUAAAAAAUAUGUUUUUCGAAAUUUAAAAAAAUCCUAAUUUGCAAAAAUUGGGAAGCAAAUAUUAAUUUAAUUUGCAAAAUUUAUGUUUUAAAACGCAAUUUGUUUAAAAUUAAACAGAAUUAGCUCUAGAUUUCAUUAUACUAAUUAUCACUUUAUAUAUCAAAAUUUUUUUCCAUUAAAAUUUUUUCUAUUAAAAAAAUUUUUGUUCACUCACGGAGGGUGGGUUUUUGGUCAAAAAAUGGCGAUUUUUCUAAUGGUUUUGUUCGCUCACGGAGGGGGGGGGGGGAGUUAGAGAUAAAAAAACAAGCUUAAAAAUAUUAGGAUUACUUACAGAGCUGGCAAAACCUUGCCGGAUAUAAUUAAAAAAUGUGUUUAAGCUCCAUAGUCAGGCUCAGACGCUAUAUUUUAAUUAUUAGAGUUCUCAGACAAAGUCAUUUUACCAAAAUCCGUAGGUUUUGAGCUUCUCAGGCUAAAACUCCCUAUCCCAUAUCUUUUUAUUCUUACUCCACAAAGGCGUAUAAAUUCCUUUGUCUACUGUAGCCCAUUAGAAUUUACAGCUGAAGAAGACGAAAUUUACCUGCCAAACUGAGUAUUCCAAGAGCUGGGUUACAAAAUUGCAUUUAAAAAUGAUAAAAAGCCACUUAAAGCUGGCUACGGAAUUAAUCUGCACUCUCUCCCUGUAAAACGCUAUUUAAAUCGCCCAGUCUACACAAUUCCUAUUUGCUCUGAAAUAAUUGUGUCCUUAACAAAAAGCCUGGAUGCUGAAAUAAUAAAAAGGAAAUUGUCAAAUUAUUCAAUCUUAAUUGAAGGAAAAAAGUUAGAAAUUAAAGAAAAAAACGAAAUUUGGACACUGGUUAUCAGCAGAUUGGGUCCUUCUAAUAUUUGUAUUAAUAGAGGAAACUACCAGCUGGAUAUUAUUGAUAGCUCAAUUAAGCAUUUUGAGUACGAAAUUGACAAAGAAGACAGUGAAAAAUCCAGUGAAGAAAAAUACGAUAAUUUUCCAGAGAAUUCAGAUCCAUUUGGUUUAUAGCCCCUGAAAUUAUUUAGAUCAUUAUUGGCCAUCCAUUUUAAUUUCAAAAAUUAAUUUGCACUUGCCAGCUUUUUUGAAAAGUAAAAACGAAAAUGACAAGUCUCCGUUUAUGGUUUUAAGAUACCUAAUCAGACUUAUACUGUAUAAGGCAGGCGCCCUGUACCAUAUUUUUUCUGGUCAGUAUUCUGCUGGGUAUAGAGAUCUAUUAAGGUGCAUGAGCUAUACCUACAAAUGAGGGUGUCAAGCUGCCCAAAUUUUUGUAUGAAAUCAUGAGAAAAGGGAAAAAAACUGAAAAAAGACCUAAAAAUGAAAAUGUUAAAAUUUUGAGAAAUUCUUUUGGUCUAGAGUCCUUUACACUUUUAGCGAAAAAAAGAAGCAAGUCAAGUUUUCAUCAUCGCAAAGGUUUUUCAUACCACAAUAAAAAUAACUCUCUCAAUGAGGAAGUAUCAGUAAGACUGUCAUCUGAUUUUAGCGCAGAUUCAUAUCAGCCGAACCAAAGUAUAGCAAUGCAGAAUACCAUUGAGGAAGAAAAUCCUAAUGAAUCAUUUGACAGAAAAUGGCCAAAAAAUCAUAAAAAUAUAACUCUGGCAGCACUUUUAAAUAAGCCUGCUUAUUUGGAAAUUAGUUUGCCUUCUGUUACUGCCCAAAACAGAAAAAGCAAUGACAAAGCGCUGGCUUUGAUAAAUGAGAAGAAAAGAAAGAAAACCCCGAAUUUGAGCAAUCGGUAUGCUACCUCAUUAUCAUUAAGGCCGCCUACCAUAAAUGGUUUUGAAGAUUUUAAUCCGCUUAUUCUUAGCUCUCUGUCUCCGGUAAAGAAAAAGUCUAUUUUAUUCAAUUAUUAA